ACCGACUGUCAAAAAUUAUCUAAAUUUACAACUAAUCAAACGCAACGAAGUCGAAUUUCUUUUCUGCUCUUAAUCAAACGCCCAAUAAAUUUUUGUUUUUCUGUUUUUGUGCGUGUGAUUUUCUUUAUAAAAUCCACAAAACAUUCCAAGGCGCUACUCAUUAACAUAUAACAAAAUAUAAAUUUGGAAAGUGAAGCACUAAAAGCAACAAACAGCAACAAUGAACUUUCUCGGAUUUGGUCAAUCGGCCGAGAUCGAUAUCGUUUUCGACGGUGCGGAAACCAGGAAAACUGCUGAGGUCAAAGCAGAGGAUUUAAAAAUUGAAAAAAUGUUACUUUAUUACGAUGGCGAAACAGUGUCGGGCAAGGUGAAUGUGACGUUGAAGAAGCCCGGUAGCAAAUUGGAGCAUCAAGGCAUAAAAAUUGAAUUUAUUGGACAAAUAGAGUUAUUUUAUGAUCGCGGCAAUCAUCACGAGUUCAAGUGCAUCACUAAAGCUUUAGCACGCCCGGGUGAUCUUAUACAAAAUCACAGUUAUCCUUUCGAUUUCCAAAACGUAGAAAAGCAAUUUGAGGUAUACGCAGGUUCGAAUGUACGACUACGUUAUUUCUUGCGUGCUACAAUUGUACGCCGUAUUAGUGAUAUUACACGUGAAGUGGACAUUGCUGUGCAUACGCUGUGUAGUUACCCAGAAUUGAACACACCUAUCAAAAUGGAAGUGGGCAUAGAGGAUUGCCUGCACAUCGAGUUCGAAUACAAUAAAAGUAAAUAUCAUUUAAAAGAUACCAUAAUCGGCAAAAUAUAUUUCUUGCUGGUGCGCAUUAAAAUUAAGCACAUGGAAAUUGCAAUUAUCAAACGUGAAUCCACUGGCACCGGUCCUAAUAUGUUCACUGAGAACGAGACGAUCGCCAAGUAUGAGAUUAUGGAUGGCGCACCGGUUAAGGGUGAGAGCAUACCAAUUCGUGUGUUCCUUGCCGGUUACAAUUUAACGCCUACCAUGCGUGAUAUAAAUAAGAAAUUCUCGGUAAAGUACUUCCUAAAUUUAGUAUUGAUGGAUACAGAAGAUCGUCGGUACUUCAAACAACAGGAGAUAACUCUUUGGCGCAAGGCCGACAUACCGCGUUACCAUCACCAAGGCCAGCAGCAACAUACCAGUAUGGUGCAUGCACAUCAUCCCCAACAUGCCUCGGCACAUAUGGCAGCUGGUUCUGGAGCAGCGCCCACAAUGCCCAGUGGCGAAGGUGGCAUCAACAACGCCGGCCUGGACAGUGAUUCCAGUAACACUGGCGCAGUGCCCGAAAGUAAAAUGGGAUUAUUCACACGUGAAAGUCCUAAUCAGGAAUUCAGCCAACAAAUUGAUUCACUACCCACAUCACCAACCACACCACCGCCAGUUGAGCGCGGUAUUGGGGACGGCGCCGCUGCCACCAACACAUCACCGGUUAUGCUCUCCACCACACCACCACCGUUGCCACCGGCGGGUGCUAACGCGUCAGCGCUUACUGCACAACCCGAAGGAGUUGAGGAUUUUCUAGCAGCCGAGGCGCAACCCCUCCCAGGUGUAGGGACACCAGAAGAUGAAGGAAUGACGGAAGUGUCGCUAGCAUCCACCGAAAUAGCUAUUGAGAAUCCAGCCACAAACGCGGAAAGCAACCAAGUAGAAAAGACGAAUGAAACAAAGAAACGUGAAACUGUAGCGCCAUUAAGCGCGGAUUGAAAAAUGCGAAGCAUUUAAAGAACAGACAAUUAGUGUCUCAAGUGCUUGAAGCCUAUACUUCAAAAAGCAAAACGCCUAGUUAGUCUUUCGGCUUUUUGUUUGUUGGCUGCAAUCCUAAAUAAUUAGUAUCAUCAAUAUUAUAUUUCUGGGCCUUUGAUUCAGUUGUCGUUACGGCGAUGUUCAGCACGCAAAUGCACAUAACUGGAAAUGCAAUAUUUAAUGUUAUAGAGUCCAUUCGAUAAAUUAAAUGUGUUGACACCGAACAAUGGUCAUUUGUUCCCUUCCACUUCGUAUUAACUAAUUACUCUUUAUACAUGAAAAAGAAACACACACAUUCAUACUUGCACUUCUGUGCUUGACGUCCGUAAGUGCAUACUUAAUUUUGUUUUCCAUUUUUGUUUGAUAUUGUAUAAACACCUCGAGAUUUAUUUUCAAAAUUAAAACCUGUAUUAAUAUUUCUUAUAUUUUAAUCCUAAAUGUUCGAUUCUUAAGAGUAAAUGAAAAGAUGUUACGCGUUGCGCGAUGUAUUUUAUGGUUGAAAAUCGAAGUAUAUCUUUGAAACUGAGCAAAAAGAAUAAAUAGAUAUUUGUAUCUGGUAGAGCAUAAGAAAAUCGUAUAUAAAAUAUAUUAUGUAUUAAACAAUUUAUUAAUAAAAGAGAAAAAGAAACACCA